AUGUGGCGUCGCAGGGGGCUAUGGUGGGGCUACGGAGGCGGACAUGGAGGCUAUGGAGGGUUUAUGGUGGCGUACGAGGCCGGUCGCGGAGGCGGUUAUGGUAUGAAAUACACUGUCGCACUUCUGUUGGUGGCAGCCAUGAUGGCAUGUGUCCUGGCGGGAGGCUCUGGAGGCGGUUACGGAGGUGGCCGUGGGGGCCCAUGGAGGGGUUAUGGUGGCGGCUACGGAGGGGGUCAUGGAGGCGGUUAUGGUGGCGGCUACGGAGGCGGCCAUGGUGGGGGCUACGGAGGCGGUCAUGGAGGCUUAUGGAGGCGGUUAUGGUGGGGGCCCACGGAGGCUAUGGAGGCGGUUAUGGUGGCGGCUACGGAGGCGGUCGUGGGGGCUAUGGUGGUGACGGCUGAGCGUUCCUUGGUGGAUAUAAAGCUUGAACUUCCUUUGCCCGAGCCGUCUGGCCUGACUUCGAAAGGGAAAGCUUUGUACAAUAAAUACCACUGUCGUAAAUUCUGUUGGUGGCGCCAUGGUGGCAUAUUUAACGGCGGGAGCCUUUGGGGCGGGUUACGGUGGCGGCUUACGGAGGCAGCUGAGGUAGGUGUUUGGGUUUUGGCGGCGGUCGCGGAGGCUAUGGUGGGGGCUAGAGGCGGGUUUUGGUGGCGCUACGAGGCGUAA